UGCUGAGCUUGAGUUUCAACGAACUCUAUGUAACAAGACAGUUGUAUGGUAGCAGAAGUAUCACUGAUAGUCAGUGUCAAAGGUGCGGGUCAACUGUUUGGUAGCAGGUAGAAGAAAAGAUCAGCAACAGUGUGUUGAAUGUGAAGUGUCACCGGCAAUGGCAUCAAUCGAUGAAAGCUUGAUCCAACAAGAACUUCAAUGUGGCAUCUGCCUCGACACUUACAACAAUCCGAAAUAUGUCGGCGCCUGUCACCACACGUUCUGCAGCCAGUGUCUUGAAGGUGUCAUCCGAAACAACAAACACAAAGGCGUGUUCCCUUGCCCGACCUGUCGGAGGACUUAUUCUAUCCCCUACGACGGUGCAGCGGGCCUACAGAACGAUUUCCGAGCAGUCAGCUUGAUCAGGGCGUUGAAGGCGGCGCAGCCGAAUAAGGAGAAAUCAGCGGCGGACACGGAGUCACCAACAUGUCGUGUCUGUAGGGUGUCGGUUGCGACGAGGUAUUGCGAAGAGUGCGGCGGAGGAAUACACUUGUGUACGUCAUGUUCAGAAAAGCAUUCCCGGACCGCUGCGACAUCGAAUCACAAGAUCAUACAGAUUCAGGAGGUGUGCGAUCCUCAUGAGGAACCUUUGAAAUUGUACUGUGAGACCUGUUCCGUGCGAUUGUGUCAUGUUUGCUUAUUGGCCGACCAUUCUGAACAUGAUGUCAAGGACAGAGGAGUCUUGAACGUCGAAAUGAAGGAACAAAUAGAGAAGUCUUUCGCAGAAAGUGUAGAGCUGAAAAAACAGUUAGAGUCGGACGGCAAGGCCAUACAUUCGCUUGAAACAAAGAUAAAGGAAACAGCGAAACGGGAGAAAGAAGCUAGACAAAAGAGGGCGCACGAGUUACAGGCGAUGUUAGCUCUCGUGGAGAGACAAAUUGACGAUCUGCAGAGGCGAAAAAAGGAGCUAUGGAAUGAAAUCUCGUGUGAGGCGAGAUCUGGUAGCGAAUGGGACUGGGCGUCACAACAGCUUGAGAGUUUGAAGGAUGACAUCACGAGCGUGACAGCCGAUUUGGACGCGACACAACAGAAAGUUUGGGGCUUGAAGGAUACUGAUCUAACGACAAUACGAGGAGAGGACCAGCUGGUUAUGGUUGCGACAAGGUUGAAGAAAAAUGUAGACGUCGCCCGCAGAACGAGACAAACGGCGUUCGAUAUUGCGGAAAAUUUGUCAAAAGCGGUCGCUGAAGGCAAGGGUGGAAUGCAUGUUAGUUCAUAGCACAUCCGUUAGGGUGCGUAAGCGAAAAUAUGGCGCCCAUUUUGACCAAAGCAACGUCACUUGCGAUUAUAAAAACACAGGAACGUUGCUCUCCUUCACCACAGCUUCGUCCAAUUGGUCGCCGAGCGUUGCGUCUGCAUUACCCUGGCGUGGAUGUGGAAGAGGAGGAGACCCACUCGCAUCGUGUAACUGCUAAUAACUGAUCUACUAUGUUGGAUGUACAUUGUAAUGCUUUAAUAUAUCUUAGAUGUGACUUAGAACGAAAAGUUGGACAGGAGAUAUGUUGUUUUUUAUACAAAAUGUCUCCAUCAGUGCCGUGAGUUCUCCAAACGGGAUCAUGGAAAAAUCGACAAUAAACGGUGCACUGUGACGGAAUGUAACUGUAUGCCCGAAAUUCGCAAGCCGUAUUCAAAGCCGCCUCGCAAUAUCUGCGGAAAUCAUUUAUUAGGGGCCAGCUUUAGUGUUAUG